UUAAAAAAUAGACAUCAAAACCAUCUCCACCUCCCCUCGGCUCCACGCUCCCUGCUCUUGCCGAUAUCUUCUCUCCCCCAAACUCGUCGUGCGCCCCGCGACGAGACGACAAGCAGCGAGAGGGCGAUCGCGAUCGAGCAGCCAUGUCGACGUCGCGGAGGCGAACCCUCCUCAAGGUUAUCGUCCUCGGCGACAGCGGGGUCGGGAAGACGUCGCUGAUGAACCAAUAUGUCCACAAGAAGUUCAGCCAGCAGUACAAAGCUACAAUUGGUGCGGAUUUCGUCACAAAGGAGGUUCUCAUUGAAGACAGGCUAGUCACAUUGCAGAUCUGGGACACUGCGGGGCAGGAGAGAUUCCAGAGUCUCGGUGUUGCGUUCUACAGAGGUGCGGACUGUUGUGUGCUCGUCUAUGAUGUCAAUAAUAACAGGUCAUUUGAUACGCUCAACACAUGGCACGAUGAGUUCCUCAACCAAGCUAGUCCAUCAGAUCCUAAAACUUUUCCCUUCAUUUUACUCGGGAACAAGAUUGAUGUAGAUGGUGGAAAAAGCAGAGUGGUUUCUGAGAAGAAAGCAAUGGAGUGGUGUGCUUCCAAAGGCAAUAUUCCUUAUUAUGAAACUUCAGCAAAAGAGGACUACAAUGUUGACAAUGCAUUCCUGUCUGUUGCCAAGCUUGCUUUAGAGCAUGAGCGUGAUCAGGACAUCUACUUCCAGACAGUUGCAGACCCUGUCCCCGAGACUGAACAGAGAAGUGGAUGUGCAUGCUAGCAGUUAGUCUUCCUUGGUCCUUUCCAGUUUUUGCUUAUUGAUUGUGGCAUUCUUUUCAAGUGAUUCUGAGCAGGCAUUCUUUUCAAGUAGUACUGGGCAGGCAUUCCUUUAGUUUUCGCAAUGUACACUAAUUUCCAGGCUUCCAGCCAUCCAAAACGCUUUUGUAGCCACUGUAUGAUAGUUAGCGACCAUGGUUUUGGGGUACGGGAUAUUGAUGAGAUGGCCAGCCCCGUUUCUUCGUUUGGGCAAUAAGAAUGCACAGGUAGACAAUUCAGGAUUUGACCUAUCAAAGGUCAAACUCAUAUCUUCAAUUGUAUUCAUGCGGCUGUAACUUGUUGACCUCCAGUACGUUGUGCUUUUGUUGAUUGUUGAUCGUGGACAUUUCAAACAGUUUAUUGUGUGUGCAAAA